AUGGUCGGACGACAACCAAGUAAUGGUAGUUCAAGUAAAUACAAUACUAAAAAUAGAAAGAAAUUUGUAGAUAGAAAAGAAGCUAAAACACAAGAUAUACAAAGAGCAUUAACUCAUCGAGCUAGAUUAAGGAAAAACUAUUUUAAAUUAUUGAAAAAGGAAGGAAUAGAUGAACAUCCUAGAGAUGAAGGAAAACUAGAUCAUGAAGAAGAAGACUCUGAAGUGGAACAUUCUCAAGAUGAUUCUGAAGCUGAACAAGAAGAAGAAGAGGAAGAAGCAAAAACAUCAUCACAUAAAAAACCAACCAAAUCAUCAAGUACAUAUACAAAAUCUAAUCCACCACCAAGACUAACAUAUGCAGAAAGGGCAGCCAUAGCAAAAGAGCGUAGAUCAAGACAAAGACAUGAUAAAAAACAAGAAAUUCAAGAAAAAAUUGAAAUGAUUGCAAGACAACAAAAAAUAAGAGAAUUACGAAAACAACAAUUAAAAUUAAAAACUAAAACUGGUCAACCUUCAAUGGGUCCAAGAAUUAAUAAUUUACUAGAUAAAAUUAGAAGAGAUCGUCAAAAUUAG